AGAAUACAGGCACCAGGAUUCAGAGUCAGACCCCUUUUUGUGUUGCUCUUUUCCUUGUUCUCCUGUUAUUUGAGGUUGGUUAUUUGUCGUUGCCAUUUUGGCUCAAGCAGGCUUUUGUUACGUUUUCCCCCUUUCUCAGACGUGUGCUGCAAAUCUAGAUUGGCUUCUUCCUUUUCGUAAGGUUGGGGCUUAGGUCCAGCGGCGCUCAAAGCACUAAAAUAGAACAGCCGGCUAGUUUUUACCUCUGUCACGUAGAUGCAUCCCUUCAGGCAAAGUAAGGCGGAGUAUCACUAAUCCUACUGAUCAUACAUUGGCUAUACUCAUUUCGAAAGAAUAAUCAACACGCAUUGAGUAAGUAUUCCUGCCCUACCAACACGUUAUCGCUCCAAAGAAUCUACUUCAUAGACAUAGUCAUCCGGUUCCAAGAUGAGAAAAUCUUCCUUCGCCCACCUGUGGCUCCUCAUGGCCGGGGCCCACGUUCGCGGUGUAUCUGCCGUGACCUUCAAAGUCGUCGCGGCUCCGGGAACAGGUGGUCAACCAGGUGCUCAAGUACAAGAGCCUGCGAAGAAGAAACUCAUUUUUGUUUGGAUUGCAGCCGGUGAAACAGAAAUGAAUCAAGCAGAGCCUGUAAAGGAUGUUCUGCGAGAAAAAUUCGGCGCGAUCAUCUCGAAGAAGAAUCUGGGUCCGCUAGCUCUAGGACCGACUCUGCAAACUUUACUCACCACGCAAGGCAGCUACGAAAGGGCUGACAUGCGUCUUGUGUGGGGAGAGUAUUUCGAAGCCCUGAAGAAGUUAUGCUCUGCGGAGACACUGAGUCCGGAGGAAGAAGAGAAAUUGGUUAGCUCCGUCGCUAAUACCAUUCAGAGUAUCCGGGAAGACACGUGGAAGGACUUCACUCGCCUCAGCGGCCGAGAAACCUUUCCAAAGGAAGUGAUGCUAAAGGCACACGACCAGAUUCGCUCUUUUGCUGCUGACGAUGAAGCUGACGAGCCGAACAGGACGACGCCAAUUCACGUGAUUUUGGACGUGGUGUACCCGGCCGCAGCUUUGGCGCCGCUUAUUCUGCCGAUACUGCCAGAAGGCAGCACACUUAAACUCUGGAGCGGAAAUCAUGCCCAGACACUCGCAAAUCUUGCCUGGUUAGGUCCUCCGCUGGUGUCUUCACCUCCAUUUGCAGAAGGAAGAGCUGUGGAGUCUACUCAACAUAUGUUUUCGUCCUGGGAAGAAGUAAGAGAUCUGGAAAUUCUCUCGGUAACUGGCGCGCAUAUUCCAGGAGACUACGUCCCUUUCGCGAACAACAUGCUCGGCGGAUCAAAGUUCUUUGCGAGAGUCGGAACAGAGCUUGAGAACCGGGGGUUGGUGGCAAAGGAUUCAAAUUUUCUGCCAACUUCUGAAGAAGAUGCAAAAUCGUAUGAGCGAGUGAUUGGCACGCCUUUUCUUGGACUUGGUUCAUCUUCUAAGCACGAGGGAGAACAAAGUCGAACACAUCAAACACUUCCAUUGACUCUCUUCGGAGUCCCUAGCAGCAAAGAACAGCCGCGUCGUGUCUGGUUUUUGAACAGUCUAGAGAAGAAGAGUCCGGAUCCAGAUCAAAGCAGCUUGAGUGAUUCGAUCAUGAAGAGUGCGGAGGAUUGGGCGGAGCGUGACUUAUUACGGAAGGUGGUCUAUGUUGCGAUCGGGACAGUUGCGAAAGUCCCAUGCUCGAUGAGUGAAGAUGACUCGCCGUGUAAAAGGAUGAUCGAGGACCUCCUUGGGCUAGGUCCACAGUUCCGCAUCGUGUGGCGCGUGAAUACUGAACUACGAAAAAAGUACAGCAAAACCACGACGUCGUGUAGGAGCUAUCAUCAUGAUAGGGAUGAAGAAGAUCGCGCACUUGAAGAGGACGUGAAUCUUAAAGUAUGGCCUCAUGGUGAUGUCGAUGCUGUAGAAGAUGGUGUUGUCGAUGCGCACGCUGUAAAGGAAAGCAAUAAGCUGGCGACGAUCGAUAUCGCAGAAGGGGGCUUUCCACAGGGGCUUUUCCUUUCGUCGAAGUUGGCAAUGCGUGGCCAGCUCAUUUUCGUUUCCCAUUGUGGCGCGAGCAGCGUUUCGGAAGCUGUGCGCAAUCGUGUGCCGCUGGUUUCGAUCCCAGCAACAAUAGAGCAGCGUGCAAACGCCGCUGAGCUGGUCGCUAAUCGACUCGCGAUGGACGCCUCGCCGGCUGCAAGGAAGUAUGAGGUCCACCAAAAUUACCAUGAUUUUCCUCCACCUCCUAAUCUGCGGGAAGAAUUUCAUUCGGUGGAGAAAGUGACUUCCGGGGACGAAAAGCCCGUAUCUUCGAAAAGGAUCGUCCAGUGGUCUGCUUUUGAGACCUUGCGCGACGCUGUGAAGCAAAUCGCGGAACCAGACGUGUUCGAUAAGAUUCGCACAGAUAUGGAGAAAUUUGCGGAAAAAGUGGCACAAAACUCUCUUUCUGUUGCCCAGCUGGCUGAGAAAAUCUACGUCGACGCCCUGAACGCCGAACAAAAAGCCGAACAAAAAGCAAAGAAUAAAUCAGCCUCUCUCAAGACUGAGGGACCAGUGGAUAAGCGGACAAUGCUAGCUGGCGCAGCACCCGAUAAUUAUUAUAAGUUGAUAGAUAAAAAACAUAACAAAAAAAAAAUCUAUAUUAUUAAUCUAAAAAAAAAUCUAUAUUAUUAAUCUAUAUUAUUAAUCUAUAUUAUUAAUCUAUAUUAUUAAUCUAUAUUAUUAAUCUAUAUUAUUAAUCUAUAUUAUUAAUCUAUAUUAUUAAUCUAUAUUAUUAAUCUAUAUUAUUAAUCUAUAUUAUUAAUCUAUAUUAAUCCCGCCAAUAAAACUCCCCGCCUAACCCACCGGAACUUAGCCUCCUCCCCUCUCGGGGGCCCACUGCCGAUAGCCUGUGGCCCUUUCUCCUCCCCGUAGAUUUCCGAUAGUCUCCCCCGGUUUCCCUCUGAAAGAGUACACCUCGCAACCCUGUCCCCCUCUUAGAAAAGAGGGCAGAAAAACAAGUUACGGGGGUACCGCAGAAAGAAGAUGCACCAGGGGGCGGCCAGUCCCUGCGCGAAGCCUGCAGCCCAAGCCCCGCCCGCCCGCGGGGCCCUCUUUCUAUCUAUGCACUACGGGAUCUUGCAACUAACUUUCAACAAUCUAUCGUGGAACAGUCUAUAUUUCGACAAUAUAUCGCGCAACAGUCUAUCGCUCAACAGUCUAUCGCUCGCCAGUCUAUGCAUGGCGCAGCAGUCUAUCUGCGAACGAUCGAUCUUUCAACAAUCUAUCUUAAGCCGAUGCAUCCUUCGACAAUCUGUCUUAGGUCGAUGCAUCUUUCAACAAUCUAUCUUACGUCGAUGCACCUUUCAACGAUCUAUCUUCCGUCGAUUUAUCUUUCAACCGUCAAUCUUUCGACGCUGAGUCUGGGGGUCUAUCGUUCAACAGUUUAUCGCUCGCCAGUCUAUGGCUCAGCCUUCUAUCUGUGAACGAUCUAUCUUGCAACCGUCUGUCUUUCAACAGUCCAUCUGUCAACAGUGUAUCCGUCGACGCUAUUAACCGUCAACAGUGUAUCUUUCCCCAGUCUUUCAGCAACAGUUGCGCAAUCUAUCAACAAUCUCCCGGCGAUCUUUCCGCGAUCUUUCGCGGCAUCUUUGAACGAUCUGCGGGCGAUCUUUCCGCGAAUCUCCAGGACCCUUUCACCAAUCUCGCGACAGUGUUGCAACUACAAUCCAACAGCAAACCCUUCAACAAUCUCCCAGCCUCUGCCAAAGACUGCACGUUCUUGGGUUUUCUGCCUACUGCAAUUCCGCGUCCUGCCUGCGGCUGCGACCAGAAUGAACGUCAUCAGAAAAGCAUCACCGCGCCCAAGCGGUCACCCCAUCGCAGGUAGUCGACCCGACUUGCAUCUAAUUGCAAUCCCAAAAAGUCGCUGGGUGGCGGACAUCAGAUUCAGCAAGCCCAUCCACAUGCAUCGGUGCGCUGAAAGUUCCCAGAUGGCAUUAAAGGUCCGUGGACAUGGGUAGCUACAGCCCAAAGCCAUGGAAGAGCCUUCGAAAAGUCCGCCAACGUCCACCACAGCAAUAGACAAGUUUUAUACACAAGGAAAAACAAUCAACAAAAGCCAGGAAACUGCCGGCGAGAUGGUUCGUCAGUACUCACUUAUAUACCCACCUCCAACCAAUGACCAGCACCAUCCGAAGAAUCGCUAUCAAGUCUUAAAUUAUACCCACCGCCAUCAGUCUAUCCCUGACGCCGAUAGUCAAAUCCAAAAAAUAGAAUUCAUAGUCGUCAGCUGUUCCCUUACAUCUUCACACUACUCACAUUAAGUAGCGUAGCCAGUAACAUUCACAAAUCCCAUAAGUGUCAUACGUAGAUGCUGCACAGCUCUCGGCGGUACGUUGCAGAGGUGGCCACUGCUUUCUCCUUCGUCACCAGCGUGAAGCCCAAGAAGUCGCCGGUGGACAUCAAAUUGAGCGCGCUCCUUCUCAUGACUGCGCAAAAAGUCCCCUCUUCGCAUUAGCUUUAAAGGUCCAGCGCUCCAACACUCGCAGCCACCUCUUUGGCGUUGUCUUCCUCCUCCAUGUCCUGCUCCACAUCCAUCAUCGACACGUCUGCGCCAUCCUCCACGUCCGGUUCAUCAGGCGCGUCCUCCUCAUAUUCCAGAUACCCAGAACGUUAGAAGCAUGCGCACACUACUACACCACAUGAGUACCACGCGACCCCUCUUUCAUGCGAGCGAUCAUUCAAAAACUCGAAGCGGGGCCAUCUUUUUUUGGCGUCUGACGUGGACAGGGGUAGCCUCCCCCGAAGGUCAUGGAGGAGCUUUCAUACAUAAGGAAAAACAAUCAAGAUAAACCACUACACCGAUGGCCACAGGAGUCGUCAGUGCUCACUUAUAUACCCACCACCAACCAAUCAUCAUUCGCAAAAUUUCUAUCAGACCUUAAGUACCCACCACCAUCCAUGUAUCUCUUACGCCAGUAAUAAAAUCGAAAGCAUAUGAAUAACAGCCGUCAGCCACUAACAUUACUUAACGAAGCCCAUAAGUGUAAGCGUUCUCCCUGUAGAUGCUGCAUAGUUCUCGGCGGUACGUUACGGAGAUUCUCGCUGCUUUCUGCUUCGUCACCAGCGUCAGGCCUUUUCUCGUCUUGCACCUACUCAGAGCAACGUAAGCCAUUCCAUGUUCAAAAAAGACAUCACCUGCGUCGUCCUCUAUUAGCGCCCAGCCUGUCCCAUCUACUGACUCAAAAGCUCUUGCGUGCUUUCUCAACAACUCGCGGAGGAGUGACGCAGCACAGAUGUACACAGUGAGAUCCCUUGACUUACUUAGUCCAGUGCACGCCUCGCCAUCUGAGUACACAAAUCGCGCGCGCCUCUCCUCCCUACGGUACUUACCCUUAUGCCCUUCGCCUUAACUGUAACAAGAGAUAGAGGCUUCGCACCGUCUUCCCUUGUACUGCGUGGAUGGUUUCACAGUAAGCCACUCGCAGCGGGAAUUGCGUGUAGGCGCACUCGUAUCCCGCUACGUCAUGCAACAUCUGCAACCGCGGAACGUGUGCCACUUUUUCUUCUUUACCGCCUCCGACUUUCUCCAUUACAAAACGCACGACGAUCGUGUACGGUGUGCACCUUAGUACUUCCCCAUGCGUGUGCUUGCACAAGCCGCCGUAAUUUCGCGUCAGCUUCACACUGCACCCCGGAAAAACUCGAAGAACAGCUGGCGCAUGCGGAUUUUUUACCGCCGCCGAACACGCCAGCACCCCGCUCAAUGAGGAGUCAUCGAGGCACUGAAGAUCCGCCUGGUACUCCCAUACUACGCCACCACGGUGCUCAUAGUGGUCCACGCACAUGUUGGCGCGUUAGAGGUCCCCAGCCUGAAAGCAGCGAAGCGCCUGUUCACGGCCCUAAUCAGUUACCCUACGAUCAACCACCACCGACGCGCCUACUAUGAUUAGCCAACACAAAUAAGCAAAGCCCAUCGCAGUCGCAAGCGUUUCUCUACUCUACACGACUCAGCCCCGAACUAUCUCAAAAACCUCACCCAUAAUUGAACGCCGUCACCUCGCUGUGUGUUGCGGCGAUUGCCGUGCCUCUUGAUGCAUACGGCUGCUGCAUUAGCUCCCCAACAAUCUUAGCGCGGUCACCCUCAUGGCGAACGCCUGGCAGCUUUUCGAAAUCUAUCACGUCCAGCAUCCCCUGGCCUACUCGCGUUACCAGCUCACCGUACUCAAGGUCAUCACGAAAGCGAUAUGACUCAAACAAAAAACGCGCGUCCAGGUUUCUAUGCAGUUGCGCACCCGUUGAAAGAUUAGAAGGAAAUAGGUGGACACGCUUUGCUCUCCUUUGUGUGCGUGCGCUAUCAUAAUGCCAAGAAGAGCCACGAGGGCACGCAGCUCAUUCACUGCCACACACUCCCCGGACUGAUACACACCAAAGAAAGGCGCCGCGUCUCUUCAUAAUCAAACACUGCAGCCCCGCGCCAUCUCUUUGCGUCCACAGGCGCUGGCUCCACUUGUUCUUCUGUACAACCGGAGGCGUUUGCUGUGGGUCACCCGCCGCCAAGACCUGCAGCCCACCCAUGAACCGGCUAUCUGCUCGAACCUCCUGCAACAUCAAGUCGACACCUUCCAAGACCUCCCGCCGAAGCGCAUAGACUUCAUCCAAGACGAGCAGCUUCGCCGCGCGGUACAAAGCCGCAUCCGCGUCCGUCAACGGCGCGAAGAUGGGGCACCCGUGGCCACAGUCGUCGCGCGGGGGCGUCGCGUUGAAGGCUUUGUGCACGCUCGUCCCCGCCGUAAGUAGCGACGCCGCGGCGCCACUUGUCGCCGCCACUAUUGCCAACUCCCCGCGGCUCCAAGUAGUGCGCAAGAUGGCCUCGAUCACAUGACUCUUGCCACAGCCUGCCGGAGAAGGAACGACGCAGCUCUCACCAUGGUCGCAAACUGCUUUGUAAAUUGCUCGCUGCUGCAAGUUCAUUGUCGCCACGCGCUGCCGCGCCUCCUCACCGCACCCACUGUCACGCAUGCCCUGCAUGUGCGCAACAGCAGACGCAUGACGGUCCUCAGGCGCCUCCACCUCCUCUGGUGCUCCAAAUAAGUCCGGACGACUCUCCGCCAGAGCUCGCCGGACUGCUUUUGAUGCGCUACGCGCUAAAUCCUUCACAAAUCCAGCCAGUUCACGCGUCGCAUUCGUUUCCACAUAGUGGACAGACUCCAGCAGCUUACGCGCCUCCCCCGCCGGUGUCAAAUCGGCCCCGCCGUGCUCUCUUGCAAUCGUUCCCCAGCUGUCGCGCCCGCGUACGUCCGCCAACCUGACCCGCGCGCAAUCAACGCUGUACUUGAAAAGUGACGCCGUCACGCCGCGAACGAUGAGAACGCUGGGUCUCCGCUUUUCCCGCGGGUGCGCUAUAUACCGCACGCGAUUGCUGCUGUCAUAUACAACGAACGGAGGCGCUUCGAGGAUUCGCGACGCCGGGACACCAAAUAGCAGAGCGCAGUCCGCUACGCUUCCAGAUUCUUUAGUAUUAGAAGGAAGCCUCGCGAACCUCUUCGGCAUGCUAAUUUAGUACAUCAGCGCGCACUGAUAUAUAAACGAAGCUCAGCCAAAAGGAUCCCGUGGGGGCACUGCCUAAACCUCUGACUUUUCUGCCUAAAUUUUGACUUUAGGCAGAAAAGUCCAAACUUUAAGCAGAAAAGUCCAAAGUUUAGGCAGAAAAGUCCAAAGCUUAGGCAGAAUAACGGCUCGAAUUUAGUCCGCCGCCCCGCUCCAGAGCCGCCGGGUGGCUCCGGGGCGCAGAAGUGAGCCGUUAGGCAGUGGCCUGGUGAAAUUUUAGGCAGCCGACUCCGCCGCAGCGGCACACCGCUAAAGCUGCCUAAACAAAGGCGAAACCUGCCUAAAGUUAAAAUUAUUUAGGCAGAAAACUCGAAAGUUUAGGCAGACCGCGAAGGGAUCCUUUUGGCACAGUCUUCGUUCACACACUGAUAUCAAUGCGACCAAGGUCGCCUACGUGGGCUACUAUGGAACACCUCCAUAACAAAAUGGUGAACGACCAUCACGCGGCCUGUGAUGUCUCUACUUGGGUGCAUUGCGUUUUCUCUGUCACGCUUCUGCGCAAUCGAAUAAGCGACCCCAUUCACGAUCGGGGCCAAGUUUUGCACAUGGCGCACACCACGGCGCAAGAAGUGCCGGCUGUAGCUCUCUUGCAUGUUGUCCCUGGUCAGCUCGUUCUGGUUCAGGCGAAUAUAGUCGACGCUAUAUUCUUCCAAAAAGUCGACAAAGCCCAGACGGUCAAAAGCUACGCCAUCAGGGCGGCAGAGGUAAGCACUCAACUCACGGGAAAGCGGAACAGCCUCCGGGCUAUCCCCCGCGACCGAUCUCGCGAAAGCUUCCUCAUGGUGCAACUGGUAAGGCAUGCCCAACGUCGCCCCAGAUACGUGGAGCCGCUCUCGCCUCGGCGUCACUACAUACUGGUCGUAGCCGAGUGCUCGCCAUGCUGCCUCUCCCGAAGAGAAGACCCGCAGCCGAGAAAUCCCGCCACUCUCAAGCUCUGCGCCCUGCUUCGCUGACAGUCGGUUGCGAUGGUUAUCAGUCGCCUGCACCUUGUCGCCAGUCUUCAAGACACCGUCGCGCGCCUUAAAAAUGUACUUGAACAAGUAUUCGAUGCUGUUCGUGCUGUCAAUCUGGUACAGGGCCGCAUGCCCACCCCAAAGAAUCCCAAUCGGGCGUGAGAACGGAACGACGUACGCGUCUACCGCUGCGUCACGACGAUAGUGGAGCCGCUUGCAGCUGUCUCCCAUAUCGUAAUGGCUGUAACCAGACACCCGAAAAGGGAAGCCCAUGCUGCACGCCGCAGCGCCCGGACGCUGCUCACAACUGGCCCACGCACAGUCAUGCACAUGGUUGCGCUCGAAGAACGCGCGUUCACUCUCGGGGAGGUCUGACAAUCGCGCCCGGAUCUCUUCGUCUAAUUGCUCAAACGUCGUAUACUGCCGCCGCGAUCGAAAGACGAUGUGACAAUGAGGAUUGCCCCUGGCUUGCCACUCAAUCGAAUGCGCGAAUGUUAGACGAUUCGCAUGGUGAGAGAUUAAGAUUACUACUUACACAACUGCGACGACAUGCGCAAGAUAUGACAAAGCGACCCCCCUUUAUUUUUAGCUUUUACACGAGAAGCGAGAAAAGAGUCCAGACGAGCAAAGAAGAUCGCUAAUAGCCCUUAACCUCCACUCGAUGUCGCAAACAUCGUCCAGAAUCCUCAAAAGCAAAGCCAAGCGGUCCUGGAAGAUUCUCGCCGUGAAGAACGGAUCCAAGUACAUUGAGUGCGCUUUCGACGUCGUUAUUGCUAAAAGGUGCCGCUCAUACUCAAUCUGCUCCGGGGACAUGGUCACGGUUUAUUAGACAAGACGAAGGAACGCAAGGUAUACAGUCUUGCGGCGGCUCAAAGCAAAGGCUCCCACGCCGCCCAAGCCCUCAACAAAUCUCAGCGAUUGCCAUAAGUUAAGAACUUAUCUGGUGGCCCUUUGUCCGCCACGUUCUUCAUGCACUCGUCUCGCAACUCUUGGAGCGACGCGCUGCAGCCUAAAUACGACGCCGGCAAGUCCUUGAUAAAUGUCCGUCCCUUGUUCUUGUUUGCAGAGGCCUUCCAGCGCGUUUCCGCGAUCGCCUCAUCCAAUUCUUCCUCCACUAUGAACGUGGGGGGGUGUCUACGCUAAAUCUACAGCUACGCCCGCUUCUACACCCCAGGCUGCCCAUAGUCACCCAAAUACAGCACGCCCCCCCCUAAUGUAAAAUCCUAAAGAGCAGAAACACAAACCCCAUAAGAGCAGUUAUCAAGUUCUGACAAAGCAGCCACUGUUCCCACAGCCCCUUUAGCCAAGUCGCGUUCAAGGGAUCCGACUGGUCAAGGUUCGCCAUUAUCGCCCGCACAUACUGCUGCCGUGAGUAAAGCUCGUCAGUCCUCUCCCAAAUGGAACUAACUGCGCCUUUGUAGCCCAACGUCCCACAAGGGUCCAGAAGAGGGAACAGCAAGCCUUCCCAAAAAGGGUAACGGUCCCACUCUCUCUUGUUGUUUUCUCCCCGAGAUGCUGCACACGAUCGAAAAGAAAACUCCGACGGGCUUAGUCGCUCCCCACCGCCUGUCUCGUUGAGGAGGACCAUGCUGGUUCCUUUCAACGUCUGUCGGCGUGGUCCUGCGUCGCACGAUAGGCGUACAGCGAUGUUAGAAAAGACACCACGCCGCGCCUUGCUCGUAUUUCUUUUUCUACCGCAAGGGCGGACGCGAUAAGAUUUGCACUUCAACGGCAAGCCAUAAUAAGAGACUCCACCGCACUUAUGGGCACCUCCGUUGUGUCACAGACCAGCAACACCUCACGCCAGAAGUUACUCGUCUCAGCAAGUGCGUGCGCCCAUGCUCUUUUCUGUUGUGUUGUUUUUUUCUGCCGGGCGCUGCCUCUGGCUCUAUCAUGACCCUCUUCCUUAAGCCAAAAAGCCUUCCAAGGGGAGCGCUCAUUGUCCAAGAAGAUUGGAAAUAUUCCAAAUUCCAAGCCUGUAGUCUGCCGCGCACUCUCGUGCCGCAGAUGCCUGCUGUUCAUCUUCUUCGCAACACCUCCAGAACGGCCCAUCAGAGCAAUGCUGCUAUUUAUCUCAGAUAUGACGUCUUCGAUUUUCUCUGCGCAGCUGCCGUCUUGCUUCCCUGUGUGAGAGAAUGGAUAACAGUGGGGUCUCUGCCAGUCCUGUCAUAGCUAUACCGAAAAGAUAUUAUAAUUAACGACAAACACUCCACACAAUACGAGCUCUCCCUCACCUAACGACGUCACGGCUAUACCUCCAGGGGGGUCGCCCGAUCUGCCCAACCAGCGCGACGCCGGUCGGUGGUGCGUUUGAACUAUUCCAUCAACGAGCUCCCUCACGGCAGGGCCAUGCCUAUUGCAUCGAAAGUCUUCCAUUAGCUCAAUCAGGUGUGGAUUCCCACAACAGUACUCGCAGUGCGCCACGCCUUCCCCGGUGCGAAGCUCUGACUCGAAAACCCAAGUUCCACACGUUGGACAGCCCUCCCGGGAACGCCGCUUGUGCUCGUGCUGCUCUCGAAUGUGCUGCGCCUCCUCCACGGUGAGGCGGAUACAGUCUGGGCCUGGGUCUGCUGGAUAUGCACUCUGCCAGAUGCCCAGCAUUCUAAAGCACGGGCCACACACAUCCUCACACUCAUCCGCGUCGGGGAGUUGUAUUUCUGGAAUGCACCAGUGGCGACAGUGCCGACAAACCGCACCCUCGAGCGGGGCCAUGCUAAUCGAAGCGCUGAGGUCGUAAGUCACGGGAGUCGCAGCCCCUCGGCGUACCGACGGCGCCCAGAAAUGGAGGCGGCACAAGAAGAAGCACAACGACCAAAGAACACCGCGCAGCGGAAGCAUCUUUCUUCAUCAACGUCCGCAGCUUGGCGCGGUGGGUUGUAUUCUCAUGCGAGGUCUUUGCUUUUAGUCAUAUCAAUAAGGCUCCGCCUCUUCUUUAUCUUUUUACCUUAUAGACUUCCAGACCAUGGCAGGGAGUGUAUUAUCAGCGCAGUGGUUUUUAUAAAUAUGCGAGGCCUUAACUCAUGGCGCACCACCUCUUAGUUUAGAGACCUUGGGCCACCAUCUUGCAAGUUCAUUCUUUUGACGAGUCUCAGAGACUCCGACCGACUUACAUCUGACAGAAGGCACAGACAAUGCGCGGCGAAUGCUCAAACAGAGCGCAACUAAUGGCGCACAUGUGGCAAGUAAAGCUCCGCCCUCUCUUCCUCUGUCAUGUUUUUCCUGUCCCGUCUCUUUCCGCCAUCUAUUUCCGCAGGGGAUGCAUGUGCUCAGACUUCGCGAGGUGAAGGCUAACAAACCAACUGCUUUUACAUAUUUUCAGUGCAGCACGCAUCUCAGUCAAAUUAAGGAGGAAAGCACUAUCGCCGUCCGGCUAUGGGGGAGGGGGGAUUGCAUAUGCCUGCAGAUGUGUUUUGCUAUCGCAGCCACCUAUAUUGUAAUGCGUAGUUUUUUUUUUCAAAGGUUGCAUCAGCGUGCUCUUCUUAGGUCUUCUUUUUAGUUUGCUCGCCAACGAGCUUUAGUUACAGAAAGCAAAGGCCUGCCCUCACUCGAGCCACGCGCCAUCUCUUUCUACUAUGUAGAAAAGUGCCCCAGCUUCACGCCCCAGCCUAUCUAUCUUGCACCACCUGAAGCCUACGACUUCACGACCUUGGCGGUCAAUUAGUUUCCUGCGCUAAUGGUCACUUUCGUCCGCAGCCGGCUCCCCCUCCAAGUCUAAAACCUGGUUAAUGCAACGACUGAUCUCGCAAAAACAGGCAACAAGGUACAGCGGAUGCUCUUUUGCGUCACGCAUAGACGUACCCAGGUGCAAUUUCGCAGCGUCUGAACCUGCAUUCCGGACAUGCGAAAAAAAAAGCGGAAAAAAGUUCUCCAUCUCGAUUGACCAACCCAAGUCGGACGACCUGUUCGGCGUCGUCCCAAAUGUCCCGCCGGAGGUCGGUCGGAGGACCCAAUUGAGCAGACGCUUCGGACCUCUCCCAAAAAUUGUGAACGGCUGCGGAGGUUGCUUGUUGAAACACGUGUAAGAGAUACGCCGCUCCCCUAAGAGGUCCCGGGACCAGAGAAAUAUCUUGCCUCCCGUCCAAUUACCAAGCAAAGAGAUGCAGCCAGAAAGGUAACGCGCAUAAGAAGCCUGCCCCUCUAUCAGACCCGCCAAGAGCUUCGGCCAACUGCUGUCGAUGUUCUCUUUGAAGUUUUCGAACUGCUUCCUAUUCGUGCGCGUUUGUUCUGCCGACAGGUACUCCUUCCAGGCGUCCGGUGUCCUAUAGACUAAGGCCUUCACGCUCUUGAAGAUCUCCCCCGGGGCUGCGCCUUUCUUGAUAAGCGCCAGCCAUUUGUCAAGAAAUGCCUCAGACAUGAAGAACGAGAAGAACAAGACCGCGCGAAGCAAGUCCAUUAAGCCCGUGCCGACUGCUUUGCACAAGUUAGAGGCCUGACACUGAGCGCCAGCUAAUCAAUCUACUAAUAUCAUCACAAUGCCGCGCCAGUUUAUAUGAAGAGCCCAAGUUCCGCAGUCUGCUACUCAUUACAGUCAAACCAUCAGCCCCCUGAUUAAUUUAGAUGAGCAGAAACAUGGGCUCGGCACGCCUACGACACUACCACCCUACCACUGCCAUAACGAUCUGCCUCCUCUUAUCCGCGACACGACCAAACAGGUCAGGCUUGCACUUCGUCUCAGCCCAUCGCUUGACGUCUGCCCCGGUGAUGUCUAUCACCUUCGGCGGCUGCGGCGGCCUUUCUUUCGCGUAGAAGACGAACGGGUCCUCCACUUUCGGCAGCGUCACCCGCACCACGGUGGCGAGGAGUUUCUUCGACAUGUAGCCCCUCGUCACCAUCACGCAAUACACGUCCACAAUCAACAAGAUCAGCUGCCAGAUACACCCAGCAUCGGGGUACCUUCUCUGCUGCGUUAGCGUCAUCCCAGACGAUACGAGGAGACAGCGAAAAAACGAAAAGCAACGAGAGGAUAGGAGAGCAGCUACGCCACUGUGGCAGAUUUCUCGCUCUUCAGUGGUCCACUACGUCGCACCAAUUGCCACCCAUGUAUCUCAGAUUUGCGUCAACGUUGCCAACUUACUUACUUUAGUUCGCGUCUUACGUUUGUGCGACUUACUUGCCUACGCGUGGCGACGUGCGUCAAAACUAUCUUGCACAAAAAAAAGUAACGCCCAUCGUCGGGGGAUGAUUAUUAGAGGCGAAUCGUUCACGAUGCUCUUCUUGUUUGGUCGUGCUUCCUUGUUGGAGUUUCGUUGACCAUCUAAGCCCGACUACUCUCGCCCACGGCCGUCCAAACUAAUGGGAAGGCGCGCAAUGCGUCAUGGUCUGCUAACAGUUCACCACUCUCAGUUCUGGGACAAGUUGCUCACGUUCAUUUUUAUCACUAAAGACAAUGCGCGCCAUGCCACCUCAGUAGCAGGCGCCUCCUUGUGCGCUGCAUAUUGGUAGAGGAGUAUCCGUUUCAAAAAUGGCAGGGGUAUCAGAUCAAGGGGGCUCUGCCUCUGGGUGUGUUUGGGGUAGUCGAGUCCUUACUUUUAAGAAGUCAGCCGCUCCUUAUAUUUCAAAUUUCUUGUGUAUAUCUUCAUGCCCAGUGUUAUCUGCAGCCUUUAUGCGUCUCCAUCUUCCUAUCCUUAUGUUUGUGUAUCUACAUAUCCAAAGAAAAAGCGAAAUACAUCGUCAAAAAAAAAGCAUCACGGUGUGCCAGAGGUUGGCGUCUUCCAUGCGUCUAACUAUGCUUCAGCGUCUCUACAUCUUUCCGCGCGCACUGCAUAUUGGUAGAGGAGUAUCCGUUUCAAAAAUGGAAGGGGUAUCAGAUCAAGGGGGCUUUGCCUUUGGGUGUGUUUGGGGUAGUCAAGUCCUUACUUUUAAGAAGUCAGCCGCUCCUUAUAUUUCAAGUCUGUUGCGUAUAUCUUCAUGCCCAGUGUUAUCUUCAGCCUUUAUGCGUCUUCGUCUUCCUAUCCUUAUGUUUGUGUAUCUACAUACCCAAAGAAAAAGCGAGAUACAUCGUCAAAAAAAAAGCAUCACGGUGUGCCACAGGUUGGCGUCUUCCAUGCGUCUAACUAUGCUUCAGCGUCUCUAAAUAUACCUUUUCCGUCUCUCUAUUUAUCUUCGUCCCCAAUGUUGUCUACUUAUCUCUGUCGCCUUAUCUUCAUGCCGAGGGUUGUCCCCAGCUGCUCACUAUCGUUUUCUUUGCUUACUAUCGUUUUCUUUGCUUAUCUCUACUCCGGAACGCUAUUCCACAACGCGAACUCUGUCUAUGCGUGUUCUUAGGGUAAUCGUUAGUGCCUCCAAAUACUCUUACUUCUAACCACUUUGCUAUCGCUACGCUUUACGAACUAACUUCGCGAAAAGAUAAAUCGGCCAUCGGUCUAUAGAUACACACCCCUCGAGACACUCCAGAUGCCUCAGACGGUGAUACAGUCUCCCGCUAAAGAUCUAAGUCACCAACUUGCUGCGCGUGCGCGGCCUGUGCCUUCGCCCGCACGCCUUUGCCCUUUGCUUUCUUGCCGCCCUUCUUUGCACAUUUUCCCUCACCCGCACUCGGAAGAGAGAGAGGCGCUCCGGCUUCCAAGAACAGAGAGCGGCGGUGUGGAUGUGCAAAAAUGUGCUUCUGCUUGUCUUCUUCGGUGGCAAAGUCCUCACCCGAAUACGCAAAAUCAACCUGGAGUGGGCGUGUUACGUAGAUCAUAGUCUCACGGGUCAACGUAACCACAAGAACAAAGAAACUACCACGCGGAGCAACGACGCACGCGACGACCUAUUCCCACAAAAUUUCAACCAAUGGCACAAGUAACAACAAGUACCCGAAAGAAGAAGAUGUGCGUGUUCGUAUAUUCCUUGGCCCCUGAUCUGUACGUGUUCUGGAAUAUCCAGCAGCGGCCUUUUUCAGUACUGUAGUCGGUGAUACCUUGUUCAGCCGCUACCGUUUCAUCUGUGUGGGAGUAAGGAGAGAACUUCCAAGAAGCCGUCGAGACUCAUCAUAGACCAAGAGUUUCCGAAUCACCCCGAAAGGCGACCCGGCCCAAAAAUGUACAAGAGACUAUCAAUCCUUAACAUUCCACUAAGAUGCUACUCCUACCGAUCUCCUGGCACCUAUGGCCGUCCAUUCCCCUCGUUAAAGCAAUCGCUUGUCCCUUUGUGUCCGUCAGCGUCCUCUCCACUCCGCACUUCGUAAAUAAGGUUGCGACCUUCAUCACGUGGUCGAUUGUCGGCGACGUGUAUUCCCCUCCCUGUGCAUACCUUGGAAAGAUGGAUUGGAGAUAACCGAUGCCCAAUUUCUGAUGGGGAAUUCCUCCCACGCCGUCGAUUUUUUUGUUGGAUUCUCGUGGGGGUCUUGCAAAUAUUGAAGAAUUUGCAAGACCUCCCCGACAAUCCAACAAAAAAAAGACAGGUGAAGCAAGUACGACACUAACGUGAUCCUUUUUUACUCUAAGAGGAUCAAAACAACGCAACAUCUACAGAAUGGGCGUCAGACAAGUCAUUGGACUGCUCGGCGCCCUUAUCCUUAUGGGCGUCCCCUCCGACACCGUCGAUUUUUUUGUUGGAUUCUCGUGGGGGUCUUGCAAAUAUUGAAGAAUUUGCAAGACCCCCCCGACAUUCCAACAAAAAAACAAGAAUGGCGAAGGAGGCAGGACCCUCUUCGGAUUCCUCCCUACUCCAACACAAUGAAUUCAAAUAACCCAACAUCUACGAGAUAGAUACCAUCCACUUAUAUGGAUCAGCGGCCGCCCAACUCCGUCUUCAAACAUCGAGCCAACGCAAAACGUUGCGGUAACGUCUAAACCCAGCCGAUCUUUGCACAGCUCUUGAAAUAGCCCUCGGUAGUCGUCAAUCUUCAGGAAGACAUGACUGCAACAACGUUAGAGGAGAGACAGACGAGUACUACGCAUAUGCAAAGGAAACCCAUGUAGAGAAAACACCGAAGCCCAUGUGCGUCAUAGUUUACACCGACAACGGCCGAAAUCCUAACCCUAAGUCAUCCUCUUGUUAAUCAUUCGAGACCGAGCCGAGCCAUAAUUUUCACUGUCUCGAAAUCCUUUGUGCGGAUCGGAGUGCUUCUUCGCUGCCUCAGCGCACGUUCCAUCUUCGAAAUAGAUUACCACAUCCCCGGCCCAGUUCGUCUUGUAAGGAUAGUAGAACUCGCUUGCCGAAGGCAACUGGCUCGCAGUACCGUGGUGCCUGGAGGAGGUAAAAACCCUAAUAAUGUGUUUUACCUUUAUCCCGUUCGUAACACUCAAUACUUCAUCACCGUCAAGUUAGUACUAAUUUGCUCAACAAGUCAAAGGGCGUUGCAAUUUAUUUUUUACAGCGAAAAAAUGAAAAAGCACCACUCCUCUUCAAUUCGGUGUAUGCCCAAGACAAGCGGGCGCACAUCCUUGGCGGGUUGCCACACCACACCCUUGCCGCCUUUUUUAGCACCUCCCUUUGCCUUUCCUUUUCCUCCUCCUUGACCUUUUUCCAGCGGUUGCUGUGCCGCCGGAGCUCCCUUCCCUUUGCCUUUGCCCUUUUCCUUGCCGGUCUUGCCCUUUCCAUCGGGUCCGAAGAAGUUGUCGUUCAAAUAUUAGAAAGCGACGAGCUGUUCACUUUUACGAAUGACUCCACUGCCCUUCCUCCAUAGGACGACGCUUAAACUCAAGCCUCUGCGUUCCAAUAAUAGAUCUUAUAUAAUCAAUCCCUUUUCCAUUUCCUAUAAUAAUCCUCAUAAAUUUCAACGCCUUUUCCAGCCAACUCCCCGAAGACGUCCUCAUCUGCUGCCGCUGCUUCUCCUUGCUCCUCGACUUUGUUAGAAGGCUUUGCUGCGAUUCAUCUUAGUCGCAUCUUUGGCGCGUUUUCCUCCUUAGAAAAGCCCCAACGAACCUUGACAAGAUGAAUCACCUCCAUAACGCCUUGUCCUCCUCCUGCUCCUGCCGCAAGGUUGUGCUCCUCACCUUCUCCGCCUUCAUCUGCUGCCGCCGCAGGUUGCUGCUGGAGUCCUUCUCCGCCCAACACCGGUUGCUGCUGGACUCCCGCUCCGUCCAUCAUAGGUUGCUGCUGGGGUCCUUCUCCACCCACCACAGCCCCCUCUUCGUUUCCUGCUUCACCGCCUUCACCGGCUCCCACCGCAGGUUCAUGCUGCUGGGCUGCUUCGGCCUUCUUCGCUUUUUUCAUCGCCGGGGCCGCGGCGGGGGCGGCUUUCUUCAUGCUCGUCGCCCUCUUCAUUAUUUCACCUUCCUUUCUUUCUACCUAAAGCGAGCGACGCUGUGCUUCUUGUCAAGUCAAGGUAGGUCCUUGCCAACUCUUUGUUAACUUCUUCUCUACUUCUUGUGUGUAAACGUCAGCAACCGCUUCUAUAACACAGCAACUAUUCUUGUACUCCAUGAUUAUCAAGCAGGUGUCUCCACCGUUCCCAACUUUUAGUCAAUGAUUAUCAACAAAGACAAAGAUGCCAAGUGUUUUCAUCCUUAAAAACAAAGGAUGCUCUUGCAGUCAAUGCGUAACAAUCCACGAUCCUCCGUUCAGGGCAUUCCCUAACGAUCCAAGGGGAAUCUCAUCAAGUCAAGAUCCCACUUCAUCCCAUCUAUUUGAUCACCUCCAGUCCAUUCAUCCAUUGCAUUUCCUUCAUUCCAA